AUGUCUGAAACGGAGAGCAUUUCAGAAUACUUCACAAGAACAUUAGUUAUUGUAAAUCAAAUGAAAAGGCAAGGGGAGAACAUUGAAGAUGUUCGUGUCAUUGAGAAAAUUCUUCGUUCCUUGAUGUCGAAAUUUGAGCACGUCGUUGCUGCUAUCGAAGAAUCAAAAGAUCUCAACACCAUGUCCAUCGACCAGUUGCAGAGCAGCUUGGAAGUCCACGAGCAACGCAUGAAGAAAAAGACCACUCCGUCACUUGAGCAUAUGCUACAAGCAAAGAUGUCAAUCGAAAAAGAUAAGAAGUCUGAGCCUGGGACAUCGCAUGGUGGAUACAACCGAGGCCGAGGCCGAGGUCGAGGCUAUCGUGGCCGAGGAGGACGCAGACAGAAUUACCAGUAUGAAGGAGGACGUGGACAGAAUUACUUAAAUCAAGGAGGACGAGGCCAGAAUUAUCAAUACGAGGGAGGACGUCAAAACUUCACUUAUCGAGGCACAGGUAGAAAUUCUUAUGGACAACGAGGACGAGGAAGAGGACAAUACAGAGGCGGUUAUUCUCAAACCUACAGUCGACAAGGGUUUGAUAAAGCAAAUAUCGAGUGCUAUACUUUUCACGAAUUCGGGCAUUACAGUAAUGAGUGUCCAAUAGCCGAAAAUACCAGGACCAAUCAACAAGUCAAUUAUGCCGAUGGUGGAGAUGAUAGUGAGCAGGUAACUUCAACCUCUCUUUUUAUUCACAAAGGACUUGAAGGUGAUCAGUGUAGCACGUGGUACUUGGAUACUGGAGCGAGUAACCACAUGUGCGGGAACAAGGAACUCUUCGUGGAGCUAAAGGAGACAUCCUAUGGGGACGUGACCUUUGGAGAUUCCUCAAAAGUUGCGGUGCAAGGAAAAGAUAACAGCUGCUGGAAGAAGAAGCUGCCCCUCUCCAAUGGCAGGGUCGACACCAGUCUCGGUGCCAAGGCGUUUCUCAAGCUGGGGAAGAAGAGAGAUAUUAUUACUCCUGUUGAGAAAACCGGGCAAAUUUUCUCUCAAAUAGUGAAAUGA